UUUCCCAAGGAAGUUUUUUUGAGGUGAAAGGUUGAACGAUUCAAAUACGGAACGGGGUCACCAACAGUAAAACAUAUACUUUUUAAGUUUUAGUGUAUAAUUAAUUGAAAAUUUAAGAAAAUGUCAACGACAAAAGAGCUGCUACAGAUGGACCUCUACGGUCUCCUUGGUCUUGAAGGCGCAGCAUCCGUGAAAGAGAUCAAGAAAGCGUACAGACAGAAAGCCCUGACUUGCCAUCCGGACAAGAACCCGGACAACCCUAGAGCUGCGGACCUCUUUCACCAGCUCUCCCAGGCGCUCGAGGUGCUGACAGACGCGGCGGCCAGGGCUGCCUACGACCAGGUCCGCAAAGCGAAGAAACAAGCCGAAGAGAGAACGAGAAAACUCGACGACAAGAGGAAGAAAAUCAAGCUAGACUUGGAGGCGCGGGAGAAGCAGGCGGAGGCGCAGUCGGCCGAGGAGGUCACGGUCACACGCACACUCGAGGAGGAGAUUGCUCGGCUGAGGGAGGAGGGCUCUCGACAGCUGCAGGAGGAACAGAGGCUGAUAAAGGAGCAGAUCCAGAGGGAGAGAGAAGGAAGACUUCACACAACCAACACAACUGUACAGUCAGGCACUGUGGGGGGAGCACAAUUCGACAGCAACCUGACCCCAAAGUUAAAAUUGAAGUGGAAGUCUUCGAAGGAGGAUGACACAAACGGCGGCUACUCUGAAGACAUUCUUCUCAGGCUUUUGCAAAAGUAUGGGGAUGUGCUGAAUGUCCUGAUAUCGAGGAAGAAGAGAGGAAGUGCAGUAGUAGAAUUUGCAACGGUCAAAGCUGCUGAAUUGGCGCAAAAAAAUGAGAUGGGCUUAACGGACAACCCCCUGAAAAUCUCGUGGCUCGAGGGGGAGCCUGUGGCCCCAGCACCAGUGCUGCACAGCCAUGGGACAGAUGGCCAAUUCCGACCGGUCCAGGGAUCUUUGAGCACUGAGCGGGACUAUGAGAGCGUGGUGCUGAUGAGGAUGAGGCAAGCGGCCGAGAGACAGCGGCUGAUCGAGGAGAUGCAGCGGGAGGAUGAGCAAGAGGAGGCUGCCCGGUCCUAGCACCCACCUACAACACGGACACUAUCACUGCUGAGCUUUAGUUCCAUAAAGCCGGCCCCAUCAUGCGUGUGUUCAGCCUUAACCAUAAACAAUCAGGUUCACUGCUGAAAACACCUGUGCUGUUGUCUGAUGGAUUGAAAGUACCUACCAGGUGGGUAAUUAGUGGUUCUGGUGAUGAUGGACUCCACUAUGUGUUAUGAAUGGUCACUGCACUGUGAAUUCAGUUUUUACUUCAAAACAAGGGUGAAAGCAAAGUUAAGAUUCAGAUUCAGGAUCUCAAGGUCAAUGUAACUUCAACGCUUUGUGUACUGCAAAAGGUCUUUUUUUACUCGGUCCCAUGGCAGCUAUCAUUUCAUUACCAUCUGUCAGCACAGUUCUGCUUAUUUCUAAACAGAAAAAAAAAACUUGUUUUAGUGCCCUAAAUUGCAGCCAAGAGCAAAUGAAUUGUUUUCCCUUGUGCAAUAUCGUUCUUGAUUAAAUAGUUAAAUUUCAUUUAA